AUGGGUAAAAUAAAACGCCGUAUCAUUCCACGUGAUAUAGAGCAAGGCCAUGAGUGCUUAUACAGAGAUUAUUUUUCUGAAAAUCCAGUCUACCCAACAGAUAUAUUCCGAAGACGAUUUCGUAUGAAUCGUGAUGUGUUCUUUCGCAUACAAAUGGAGGUUGAAAAGUACGAGCCUUACUUUGUGCGCAAUCAAAACGCUGCAGCUUACGGGGAUUCUGCGGACUCAAUUGAUGAGUAUGUGCGCAUUGGAGCAAGCACUGCCUUAAAGAGUCUAAAAUUGUUUACUAAAACAAUUGUUGAAGUAUUUGGGGAGGAGUAUCUAAGGUCACCAACACCCGAAGAUUUGAGACGUUUGCUAGCACAAGGUGAGAGUCGUGGGUUUCCUGGAAUGUUGGGAAGUAUUGAUUGCAUGCACUGGACGUGGAAAAAUUGCCCAACUACAUGGCACGGGUCUUUGAACGACAUAAAUGUUCUUGAACAUUCGACUGUAUUUCAUGGCUUAACACAAGGUGUUGCUCCAUCGGUUCGAUAUUCAAUAAAUGGACACAACUACACAAUGGGAUAUUAUUUAGCUGAUGGUAUCUAUCCUAAAUGGGCGACAUUUGUUAAGAGUAUUUCGUUACCGCCGAAUCCAAAACUCCAAUAUUUUGCAACCAAACAAGAAGUUGCACGAAAGGACGUUGAACGUGCAUUUGGAGUACUUCAAGCACGAUUUAAAAUUGUUCGUGGACCGACCAGAUAUUAUAAGUGUCAAAUAAUCGCUCCAUGA